AUGUACUCACGGGCUCUUACGACUCACGAGAUUCGCUACCCUGUCCGCCAAAAGGAGUUACUUGCGGUGGUCGUAGCUCUCAAGAAGUUCAAGACCAUGUUGCAAGGUCAAUCGAUCCUCGUGCGAUCUGACCACAAGUCCCUUGAGAAUUUGCUCGUAACUGACGCUCAUCCCGAGAGCGAGCGAAUCGCAAGAUGGCUCGAAACUAUUGCUGAAUAUCAAGUACGCAUCCGCUACAUUCAGGGGGAGGAGAAUGUUCUCGCCGACGCGCUUUCGAGACAGAUUACGCUUCCUUUCAAGGAGUGGCUCUCGUCUCUUAACGACGAACAACGGGCACAAGCUGAACAGGACCAGCGCGACGAUGCUGUCAUGAUCAUGCUGGUCGGCCUUGUUCCCGACACGGCAGAAAUCGAGUUUAAGACGCCUGUCCCCAAGAAGUUGUUACGUCAGUUAGUGAAAGCCGAUCCCUACUUCUCGGAAGUGUUUGAUCUCUGUGAUAAGCGCGAACGAGGAGACAAAGAGUUUCAACCAACUCAAGCGGUAUUGAAGAAGAUUCGGAAGUACAAGAUUCGCGAAGGUGACAAGUGCCUUUCGUACGCUGGCCGCCUUUGCGUGCCUCGUGCACUCUCCAAGGAAAUCAUUCUGGCAUACCACAGCAUGAAUCACACUGGCGCGGUUGAAACGUGGUGGUCUCUCGCUCGCAAGUUCUUUGCUCCUUAUCUCUACCAGGAUAUUCAGAGCACUGUUCGGGCGUGCGAAGCGUGUCUCCGCAACAAGCACGCUGUCCUUGACAAGGGUCUCCUUCGAAAGGCCACUAUUCCAACGGGGGUUUUCUCACGAAUUCACAUUGACUUUGCUGGACCGUUAACAAAAGGCGUUACUGGGGUUGACCGCAUCAUGGUGGUAACAUGUGCAUUACUGAAGUCAUCGGUCUUUGUCCCCUGCCACAUGUCGAUGACCCUGAAGGAAGUUUUCAAGUUGCUCGUUGAUCAUGUGUUCCGUUACUAUGGCUUACCCGAGGAAAUACAUAGUGACAAGGACGUGUUGUUCAUGUCGGACGACUUUAAGCGGUUGCUCCACAAUCACAACAUCGUUCUCAAAACGACUUCCACUGCUCACCCGCAAGGGAACGGUCAAGCUGAAGCUAGCGUCAAGGAUGUGUUACAACGCGUGCGCGUUCUCGCAGAUGCCCAUAAAGGCUCUUGGGACGAGUAUCUUUCUUUGGCUCAGUUCGUCACGAACACUUCUUACAAACGUGCUAUUGGUAUGUCUCCGUUGGAAGCAAUCUUAGGUCGGCCUCCGCGCCCCUGGGGUCUUUCGCACAUUAUCAAAGCAGACCAGUACGAAGCGUGCGACACGCCUCACAGUAAGAAGUUCUUCCUCGACCAAAUUAAAGCGGUACAUGCGGCCAUCCACGACCACCUCACUUUGGAGAGCUUGAAGCUUGAGAAUGCAGCGAAUCAAGGUCGCUCGCAGCCGUUAUUCGAAGUCGGCGACUUGGUUAUGGUACACAAGGACGCAGUUGUCGGUGGUCGCCACAUUCCGUACGGCAAAUUUGACCCUAUCUUUCAUGGGCCCUAUCCCAUCGUGGGGCAAAUUGCGGAAGACCAGGACUCUGCUUGGCGCGUUAAUAUCGCGGAUGAGAUUCGUACGGUUAACGUUAAAGACUUGAAGCUUUACAAGCCUCCUGCUCAUUACUUGCCUACUCCCUCGUCCGAACGCGAAGUUAUUCAACGCCGCCACGACGUCGUUGCCAUUACCACGGUCGUUCCUCCGAGCGAGUCGGCUCCCGACGGUUGGGUCUUUCUCCAGUUCCGAGGUUGCCAGCCUCUCAACACUGCGCGAGUUAAUCCAUCCGUCCUACGGGACCACUUCUCAUUCACAUUGCGUCGCAAGUUGGUCCACGCCUACGUGACCCGCGCUAAACGCGACCGCACGGCGAUUCGCGAGCCUACCUUGAUCAACAUGCUUCGUAAGGACUCCGAAUCCGCUCGUUGGCGCCUUCUGACGUCGAAGUCUCGGGGGGGAAAAUCGUCGAAGUCCAAGUCCCAACAGACAGCUACAGACGACCCGACGCUCGGCACGCAGAACUCGUUCCUGAACGAUUCUACGCCGACGUUGCGGACUUCUCAAAACUCAACUUCGUCGCUCGGUCAAGACCAACUCACCGAUUCUACUGUACCUCCCAAGCGAGGCCGGGGCCGACCUCGAGGCAGUAAAAACAAGACUCCUCCGAAACGCGCCUUGGAACAGUCAGAACUCACCCCACAGUCCGGUGUCAAGCGCAGCCUCGAGCCAAGCUCAUCGACUGUCCCUUCCGGCAGACCCUCUAAACGAGGUCGCCCCCGCAAACGGGCUGCGAAGGAAACGUGCGCCGACGACAUUGGCGGACAACCCGUAUCGGUUCCAUCUCUACCUCAGUCUGAGACGUCCUCUUCAUGGAGACGCUCUUCCAGACUCUCUAAUACGCGUAGGUCUUAA